AUAACAAUGGUUUUAUGUGAAGUUGGAUUUAUGCUGCUUCUGCUGGUUGCUUUUGGCUCAACACUAGCACAAUGGCAAGGAAUGAACAAAAUCCAAGUACCAUCAGGACUUCAGUUUAAACAUCCAGUACAAGCAGGACAGCAAACAGUUACUGGAGUGUCUUCUCAGGGGUCCCAUACUUCUAAACCCACAGGACCUGCCCAAGCCUCACUUGGCCAGCAGUCUAGGAAUCCUGUACAGAUACCUGUGCAGCAGCAUUUCAAUCUUCAGUCCCAACAAGAAUUACAGGGUCCUGUGAAGCAGGUGACUUGGCACUUUCCUCAGGAACCACAGCUACCAGCCAGACAGCCCCCAGUACAGUUUGAGAUGCCCCAACCUGCUGCUGCUGAGAGUAUAGCAGCAGAGUGUGGUGAGAAUGAGGUAUACGUGGAGGUCAAGAGAGACCUGUUUGGUACUGGUGAGCUGAUAAAUCCCGCUGACCUCACCUUGGGAGGAUGUGCUGUCACUGGGGAGGACAGUGCUGCUCAAGUCCUCAUCUUUCAAUUGGCACUGCAGGCCUGCAACAGUACUACAAUUAUGACCCAGGAUGAGCUGGUCUACGUCUUCCUGCUCCGCUAUGUUCCAGUGACUCUUGCUCACACUCCUGUUGUGAGAACUGUUGGUGCUGUGACCCAUAUUGAGUGUCAUUAUCCAAGGCGGCACAACGUAAGCAGCAAUGCUCUGAUGCCUGCUUGGAUACCAUAUGCUUCUACCCAAGUUGCUGAGGAACAACUUGUCUUCUCCCUGAGGCUCAUGGCAGAUGACUGGCAAUCUGAAAGGGUCUCCAACCAGUACUUCCUGAACGAUGUCAUCAAUGUUGAGGCAUCUGUAAUUCAGUUCUACCAUGUGCCCCUUCGUGUGUAUGUGGACAGCUGUGUGGCCACUGUGGUCCCUGAUGUGAAUGCAGUCCCUAGAUAUGCCUUCAUUGAGGAGUAUGGGUGCUUGAUUGAUGCUAAGCUCACAGGUUCCCAGUCUCACUUCCUGCCCCAAACUGAAGCAGACCGGCUGCGAUUUCAUCUGGAGGCAUUCAAGUUUCAGCAGGACAACAGUGGCUUGAUCUACUUCACAUGCUUUAUGAAGGCAACUGCAGCGUCUCUCCCUGCUGAUGCUGAGCACAAAGCUUGUUCCUUCUCUGGCAACAGGUGGACUGCAGCAUAUGGUGACAACCGGGUGUGUGGCUGUUGUGACACAACCUGUGGCUUCUGGGAGGGAAGGGAUUUGUCUGUGGACAGAGGUACACAGCUGGAAGGAGACGUAACCCUUGGUCCCAUCAUGGUUAAGGAGUGACUGAUGGUCCAAUGACUUGAUGAUGAAUAAAUAAAUU